UCACAGCAUUUGGAUGCAAUUCUCCAGUGAAAGAUGUACAAAGAAAGCAUACCUGCUUCAGUUUUUUCUACAAUCUAGAGAGAUUAUAUAUCUAUAUAACCAAAGGGGUCAGCAAGAGCCUUUCUCCCACACCUGCUGCCAAGCCAAGGAGGUCAGGGGUUUGUGGCUGUCCAGUGGGUGUCAAUACCUUGCAGAAGAGUUGCUCACCAUCUCUUGCCUGUUUCUUGUAGAACUGAGGAUUGCCCUGGUCGGCAAAACUGGAGCCGGGAAAAGCGCAACAGGAAACACCAUCCUGGGGGAGAAACGGUUUAAGUCGGCCAUCUCUCCUUCCUCAGUGACAGUAAAGUGUCAGAAAGAAGACACUGUCAUCGGUGGUAGGAGAAUUGUGGUGGUUGAUACGCCUGGCUUUUUCGACACAAAUGUUCCAGAAGAUGUGACUGCCAAGGAAAUCAAGACCUGCGUGAAUCACAUCUACCCGGGAGCCCAUGUCAUCAUACAAGUCAUUCAACUGACUCAUUUCAGCAAGGAGGAGAAAAAAAUUGCUCAGUUGAGCCAGAAGAUCUUCAGCUGCAAAGCCAAGGAUUACAUGAUCAUCUUGUUCACCCGGAAGGAUGAGCUGGAUGAUAGGCCUUUCAAAGAGUUCUUGGCGAAGGGAGACAAGGAUCUGCUGAACCAGAUCGCUCAGUGUGGCGGGAGAUGCCUGGCUUUCAACAACCGGGCGAAAGGGCAAGAAAGAGAGGAGCAGGUGGCCGAAUUGCUUGGGAUGAUCGACCACCUGGUUGAAAGGAACAAGGCAGCCCCCUACUACACUGAAGACAUGCUGGAGAAGGACAAAGAAGAGGUUAAGAUGAAGAGGAAAAUAUGUGAGAAGAAGGAAAGGAAAGUGGUUGCUAAAUUUCUAUCAUGGUGUAACAUACAGUAAUAUAGAGUAUGCCAUGGCAUAUGGGGUACUUUAACCCUCCUCCCCCCCCCACCUCCAUCUGUUGUCCCCUGCAAAUCUGUCUCUCUCAGAGCUGUUAUUAGUCUCAAAGAAAAAACAACACAUGAGCACCAUUCCCCUGAUAUAUUUCAAACACGUGGUUUGAAAGCAGUGGUAAGAUGCUGGAAUCCACCAAUGUAACCUUGGACCCAAAGUGGGGGCUGCCUCCUCCGGCCUUCUGGAGGAGGGAGGGACCUUUCUGUCAACACCCCAAACAACCCCCCCCCCCCAGCCUAAGGGGCAGCUUUACUGAGAGAGGCAAGGGCAGGCAUUGUACGCUUGUUGAGGAGAUAUAUUUCUUCAUCUCAAAUCACUUUACAU